AUGACCCCUUUGAGCCUCUUCGGGGGCCAACCGGGCGCUUUGGCGGCCAAAGUAGACGAGGGAAAGGGAGCCGGGAAGCGUCACAGCAACUUCGUGACGUCGCGAGCUCCGCCCGACGGUCAGACAGAGCUCGGUCUCGGCUCGCGUCGCUGCGCUCAUCGCCCUCCUCCAGCCAACCCUCAUCCUGGCAAACCCCGCUCGGUGCCUCACCUCUCUCUCGUGCCGUUCGCUGAUCCGGGCUCCGCUCCCGCUUCUCGACGUCGCCCGCCGCGCCUCAGCCGUUGCCCUCAACCCAAAUUUGGCGGCGCGACUCUGCUGCUUCUUCCCGAUCCGCUGUUGCCGUUGCCAGUUGGCAUCGGCCUCGCAACCGGCUCUGCAGGACAGCCAACCUACCAUUGCCGGCCAGUCGCUGAUCAGCGUGGCUGGCGUCCCGAUCGUGUUCUGAAUCCCUGUAGCCCUCUCCGAGAGAAGCCGCUCCCACUCUGCGUCUGGCUCCGGGAUCAAAGCACUCCGACUGCUGCUUUGCGAGCUUUCCGGUUGAGCAGCAUCGGUCGUCCUAGUGACAAGGCUGAAGGAUCAGCUCUGGUGCCUUCGUUUGAUCGUCUUGCAGUGCAGUCUCCUUAA